UAUACCGGCUGUUUGACUCGGAAACAGCCAUACAGCGUGCGAAGCGGAAAAUGACCGAAAGUGACCUCGAAUAAGAUGUCGGAGACAUUCCCUUUGUUUUUGUAUCUUCACAAAACAUCGUCAUUAAUGUAGAAUUCUGAAAAUAACGACUGUACAUUUCAGCGAGCCUUCGAAACGACGAGAGGGAAACUGACCGUUUACUCAUCUUUCUAUCUUCGGCGCGUUCACGUUUAAGUUUGCUGCGUAAAUUAUGGAAAAUGCUGAAACAUCAGAUCAAAACAAAACGACGAGUUAUUCUAACGGGUUAGCGAAUGGAUUUCACAACCCGCAGUCCGAAAACGGGGAAUGUGUUUCUUGCGGUACUGACGGUGGUAGUCUCGGCGGUAUUGACAGUGGCAGUAACAGUAGCAGUGGCCAUAAUGGUAUUGAAAAUUUCCACCAUCUUCACCAGGAUUUACUCAACAAUGGUUCGCCAGCGAAGCGCUGCAAACUUAGAAGACGCUUGGAUUCAGGAAAGAAGAACCGGCCACCCUUUCCGUGGUUCGGGAUGGAUAUUGGAGGCACCCUGGUAAAGCUUGUUUACUUUGAGCCCAAGGAUAUCACAGCUGAGGAGGAACAGGAGGAAGUCGAGAGCCUGAAGAGCAUCCGUCGCUACCUGACCUCCAACGUGGCCUAUGGCAACACGGGUAUCCGCGAUGUGCACCUGGAGAUGAAGAACCUCAUCAUGUGUGGGCGCAAAGGCAACCUGCACUUUAUCCGCUUCCCAACACAAGACAUGCACCGCUUCAUCCAGAUGGGCCAAGACAAGAACUUCUCUAGCCUGCACACCACGCUGUGUGCCACGGGUGGGGGUGCAUACAAGUUUGAGGAAGACUUCAGAACGGUGGCUGGUUUGGAAUUGCAGAAGCUAGAUGAACUGGACUGUCUUAUUCAAGGUCUACUGUACGUUGACUCAGUUGGGUUCAACGGCCAUCCGGAGUGUUAUUUUUUCCAGAAUCCAUCAGACCCUGAAAACUGUGUCAAGAGGCCAUGUAGCCUGGAAAAUCCUUUUCCUAUGUUGCUGGUAAACAUUGGAUCGGGGGUGAGCAUCCUCGCCGUCUAUUCCAAGGAUGAUUUCAAACGGGUCACGGGCACCAGUCUAGGUGGGGGAACAUUUCUAGGUCUGUGCUGCUUACUGACUGGCUGUGAUACAUUUGAGGAGGCUUUGGAGAUGGCAGCUAAAGGUGACAGUACAAACGUGGACAAACUGGUGAAGGACAUUUACGGCGGCGAUUACGAACGCUUCGGCCUUCAGGGUUCUGCGGUUGCAUCAAGUUUUGGUCAUAUGAUGAGCAAGGAGAAACGUGACAGUAUAAGUAAAGAGGACCUGGCCAGGGCCACACUUGUCACCAUCACUAACAACAUCGGCUCCAUUGCCCGCAUGUGUGCAGUGAAUGAGAAAAUUAAUAGAGUGGUUUUUGUUGGAAAUUUCCUUCGAAUAAACACAGUAUCGACUAAGCUGCUUGCCUAUGCCAUAGACUUCUGGUCUGAUGGACAGCUGAAAGCCCUUUUCUUAGAACAUGAAGGUUAUUUUGGAGCUGUUGGUGCCUUCCUAGAGCUACUGAAAAUGACUGACGACUCCUAAAACACUGAGGAUAUCUCAACCUUUUACCAGAAGCUGCUGUAAGAUUGAAGAAAAGCCACAUCCCCAUAUAAGAAAAAGCAAUGAAAUAAUGUAACCCCAUUUCCCAUCAACAUCUCGGGACUUUUAUAGCCAUGCUAUGUCUGUGCUCAUGCAAGAAGUGUUGCGAGAACAAAGCGGUUUGUUUAACAGUGUGAUUAGCCACACAUCUUGUCAACUCUGUCUUUUCACCACAGUUAUAAAUCCAGCAACAUCAGUUUAACCAAGACUGAUGAUUUGAGGGGAAGGUGAUAUUAGUAACUAACUGUAAUAUUCACAUCCUCCCUCCACUUUUGGUAGCUUUAUGCAAAUAAUUGUAACAAAUUCAAAGGGUAUGAAGGUGCAUUUCGUGUCUAUUUGUGGUACAGUCUGCUGUAGAAAAAGAAAAUGUGCGUGAUCCUACAAUCUUUCCCUCUGUACUAAAGGUGUUUACGUUUUAAAUGGUUGAACUGCAAAUUUUGUCGUCAUGUUUAUCACAGUUUAUAAAAGUCAAAGAACUUUCUGCAACUUAAUUGUAAACACAUGACUAAGUAUUAUUAGGCAUACGUUUCUAAACGUUUCAAAUCUGAAUGCCAACUGAAUUUCAGUAGUUUUUCAGUUGUCUAAAGAGUUUUUUAAACUCGCAGAAUAGGAAAUAAAUGCAUAGACCUAUUUUAUCUUUGUUGGGCCUUUUAUGAUUAGUUGAUUGUUGAAGACAUUGGAAGAUGUAGUUUCUAAGAUUCUUUUACCUCUUCUUAACUUCUCUUUAUAAUGAAGUGUAAACAAAUGCAUCUGAACUGACACUGAUUGUGUUGGGACCAAAAUGUUGACUGGAAAACAGAAUAUAUCAGACAGGGACCUGUCAUAGUUCACUACGUGAUUUUGGGGAGGGAUGGGAUGGGCUUACAAUCAGAAUAUAUACCGGUUUUCCUUACCCUUUGUAUAUAUACUGUUAGUAUAUCUUUUGGUUUUUUAUUUAACAUUUGCACAGUGGUUGAACCACUUAUCAUAUUCAUGUCAUAUUUUCAUUAUGCAGUAGUUUUCUUUUAUACCUGAUCUAACCUCUUUUUCUUGCAAUUGCCUUCAUCCUUGCAAUAUUUUCAGGUUAACGAAAUGAAUCAUCUUUUGCCUUAGCAAAUGUUUGUCACAUUUAAAUGUUUAAUUUUUUUAAUUUAAUAGUAGAAAGCUGUGUGAUUAACAUAUGGUGACAGUGACAUUAUAUUUGUUGGGGCUGACUGUGAAAGCUCAAGAUUGUUAUUCAGGGCUAAACCUAGGCUAAACAUGUGCUUAUAAAGCUGGAAUCAUAAAUUACCUUGGUUGAUGAUUAUAGUCUGUCUAAAUAUUUAAAAUCAGAAAACGCACUUCCAAAAGUAAACCAUGAGUCUUUUCAGUCACUGCUUGAUACAUAUUGAUACUUGAUACAAUGACAUUUCAUCAUGUUGUAAAAAAACUUACUUUUUUUUAAACUUCUCUAAAAAGUAAGCUGUUUUUAGUGGUUAGUAAGCUUAAUUCAUUGAAAUUCAAGGUUUAUCCAAUAAUUGUGAAUGCAAGCAGGAAAAGAGGAAGAGAUUUUUCCUUGUAGAAUAAUAUGAAGAUGCAAUUUUUGGAGGCUCUUACGUGUUUAAUGUCAAAGGUAUUCAUAUGUUUUGUGUGCACCUAAACUAUUAUGUAUUCACCUGCUACUGUAACUUAAAAGUGUCUUCUAGCUGCUCUUAACAUCUGCAACAGCAAUUGAAGUGCACUGCCUCUGUAGACUCAAAAUUGUACAUGCACUUGAUGCUUUUAUUGUCUGUUCCUCUCUCUCUCUUUCUUUGUUUCUAUUAAUACAUGUCAUAUGUCCUCUGCUUAGUCCUUAGUCCCUAUACUUGCCUUAUGCAGUGGGGUGCCAUUUUGACUUUAGAUGUCUGGAUUAUGCACAAUGGUACCCCAUCAUCUCUCUGAGCCACUAAAGUAACUUCCAAUUGUUACGGGGUGCCUUUCAAUGAUGGAAACAAGGCUUUAUCUCUGUAUCGUCUGUUGUUGCUUAUGCUCAAUCCAGAUGUCACUGUAUACGUCUUAACAGUAUAUUUAAUUAAUGGUUGUUUUAUUUUUUUAUUGGAAAUGCCCCUGUAGACCAAAUGCAUGUGUGUUUUACCUGAGCUGAUGCUAAAGCAUGAACGUGACUGUUAUGUGUUUUUUCCUUGGGUCAUUGUGCUAAUCAAGACUUCUGAUGUAGUCUAAAUACCUUUGUAUCAGGGUCUGUUUAUGUUCAACAGCUUAAUGCUUGGCCCAUAAGUAAGUGCAUGUUCAGUCCUCAAUUUGGAAUAAUCUUUCUCUUUGUUAUUGUGAAUCUCGUAGUCUGUUUGUCUCAAACUGUACAUUUUCAAUGGCCAUUUUCAGAAAGCAUGUUUCGAUUUGUUAGAUAAACUAUUAUAUUAUUCUGUGCUAAUAAUCUACAUUAAUGACCUCAGUCUUCUGAUAGAUUUCUUCUAUCUUAUAUGUUGUGAUCUAAAGAGUUUGUUUAAUUCCUAGAAAUUGGCAUUUAACCCAGUUUUCCAGCAAACAUAUGAAUCUUAAAUAGUAUCAGCACGUCAUACAUGAAUUUCUAUUGAUAAAGCAGUUGAUGUUGAUAUCAAGGGGCCCCUUAUUUUGCCUCCUGAGGGAUAAACCGUUUGCGUUAUUGGCUCUGAAAUCCAGGUCAAAGAGAUCUUAUAUCAGUUUUCAUUUAUAUCAUGUACAAAGCUAACUUAAUUUGUCAAUAAACCUAUUUUGUAAAUAUCUAAUAAAUGUGUUAAUUCUGAAAAACA